GUCGAUCGUAUCGGUGAAUCGGUGAAUAAUAUAUUUUUUGAUUGUAAGUAAACAAAAUUACAAAUUUCACAAUGGUGAACAAAAUUUGGUCUAAAGUAACUCCUGCGCUAUCUCCGUCAGUGCUAUCAUGUAUUAACAAGCAGGGAUUUAGAACAAUGACGCCUAUCCAGGCAGCUGUAAUACCUUUAGUGUUAUCUUGCAAAGAUGUGGCCGCAGAAGCGGUGACUGGGUCAGGAAAGACCCUCGCGUUUGUUGUGCCGAUGCUGGAGAUGUUGAAGAAGAAGGAGAAAGACGGCCCGCUGAGGAAGGAUUUCGUAUAUGCUGUUAUUAUAUCGCCCACGAGAGAACUAGCCACGCAAAUUUAUAAGGUCAUAGAACAGUUUCUCCAAGAGCCCGAUUUGGGUCACCUGACAUUAGCACUUCUAGUGGGCGGGCGAGCGGUGGAUGCCGAUGUGGAAAGGCUUCAGAAGGGUGCUCAUAUAGUGGUGUGCACUCCGGGGAGGUUUGGUGACCUGUUGGCUGAGAGGAAGCACCUCAAUCUGGCGGGGCGGCUGAAGGAACUGGAGUUCCUGGUAUUAGAUGAAGCAGACCGUCUGCUGGACCUGGGUUUCAAUGCGACACUCACCACAAUCCUCCAAUACCUGCCCAGACAAAGACGCACAGGGCUGUUCUCAGCCACACAGACAAAAGAACUCCAAGAUCUAGUCAGAGCUGGGCUCCGGAACCCGGUCAUAGUCAGUGUUAAAGAGAAAUCGACCAUAAGUACACCGUUAUUGUUGGAGAAUUACUAUGUAAUAGUGGAGCCACAAGACAAAUUUUUAUUCUUGCUUAACUUUAUACGUAAUAGAAAAAUGGUGAAAGGUUUAUUCUUCUUGCCGACUUGCGCGUGCGUCGAUUACUGGGCGGAUGUGCUGCCCGUGUUCCUGCCUGGUAUAAAGGUGUUUGCUAUACACGGCAAGAUGAAGCUGAAGAGAGGCAAGAUCUUGGAAAAGUUUCGGGAAGCGGACAGUACAAUAUUGCUGUGUACUGAUUUGCUGGCGAGGGGCCUGGACAUCCCCGAAGUGGAAUGGGUGCUCCAAUGGGAGCCUCCGACGUCGCCGUCGUCGCUGGUGCACCGCGUGGGGCGCACGGCGCGGGGCGGAGCGCCCGGCUGCUCGCUGCUGCCGCUGCUGCCCACCGAGGAUGCGUAUGUCCCCUUCAUCAGGACCAAUCAGAUGGUGGAGUUGAAGGACUGGAGGAAGUCCGGCGAUGAGAUCAAGAUUACUGAUAAAUUGAGAGAUAAGGUUCUAACGAUUCUGCAUUCGCAACAAAAGCAAGACCGCUCGAUUUUGGACAAGGGCCAGCGAGCGUUCGUGUCUCACAUACAAGCGUACUCCAAGCACGAAUGCAACCUGUUACUGCAAUGCAAAGAGCUGCCUCUGGGGCACAUAGCGACUAGUUACGGUCUGCUCAAGCUGCCAUUGAUGCCGGAGAUAAAAGACGAGCAUAGACAACAGUUUGUUGGGCCCAUUGAGCAGAUUGACUACAACAGCAUCCCGUACAGAGACAAACAGAAGGAGGCGAGCCGGCUGCAGAAGCUAGAAGAAUACAAGAGAACAGGCGUGUGGCCCUCCAAGAAGAAGAAGAAAAUGACUCAGACCCAGCCGUGGGAGCAAACGAAACAGAACAAAGAGGAGAGGAAACAGCGGCGGAAAAAGCGGAAAGAGUUAAAAAAGCUAGACGGUGAAGGCAAGCGGCGCAAGCGGCGCGCGGUGACGGCGGCGGAGCUGGAGUCGCUGGCGGCCGACGUGGCGCUCAUGAAGAAGCUGAAGAAGAGGAAGAUCACGGAGGAGGAGUUCGACAGGGCCUUCGAUGUUGAUAAAUAAAUUGUUAA